AUGUCGCCCAUAUAUGAGUCUCCUGCAUUCGGGUACAGUCCGGUCGUGGCUAUGCCCGUGGAACCGGCAUGCAACAAUAUGCAUCAGCCAUCAGCCGUGCCUACUUCUCAGAUGCCAAUGCAACCGCCACUGAUCAUGCCUCAUAGUGGGCUAUGGCCGAGUAUGCUGGCCGCGUCCCCUCAGGAGUCCUACUCGGUUUCAAUUUUGCCCUCUGGACAGCUUCCUACCCAAGGGUGGGCGAGAGUUAUAUCUGAAAAUACACCAACCAGCCCGAAAAUGACAGGGUGCCCGAAAAGGCCAAAGCGUCCCGUGUUAACUGAUGAUGUGCGCAGAGAGAUGUGCAUACUGGCAGAGAAGGAACCGAGCAUGAUUCAUAGUGACAUUGGAGCUAGGUAUAACGUGGAAAGGAGGUAUAGGUUAUCAUCUAACUGCCUCUACGAAUCAUCACUAAUAGGUGGCAGCACGGUGUCAAAAAUCCUAAGACGCCGCGAGAAGUACAUGAACCCCCAGCCUGAGGACGAGCGUGCUAGUCAGGUCAAGAAGUCAAAGGCUGAGUUACGAGAUUUCGAAAGGACUCUUACCAUAUGGGUGAAGGAUCAGAAGAGGAAAGGGAUUUCCAUUACAGAUGAGGAUCUUCGAAAGCAAGCAUCAUGCUUUUCGUUCAGCCCGAGUAACCAAGAAGAGGUGUCCAGUGCCAGUUGGCUCGACAAGUUUAAACGCAAGAGGGGCAUAAAACCUCCUGCGGCGAACGAAGAGAAAACAGUGUUGCCUCCAGCUUCGCCGAUCAACCAAUCGGUCAACUACGCUGCUGUAAAGAUCCAGCGUCCAAAGGAGCUUUUUGAUCAAGAAGAUGCGACGGGCUCGUUCGAGCAAUCCCUCGAUCUCAGCGAGGGCCUCGAAGACCAUGACCAUCCAGCCCAGGCGUCCCUCCUAUCACCAAACUCGGCGGAAAUGACACGUGGGCAAGAAUGUAUGACACUGCCGGAGCCGGAAUAUACUCCUGGAGCAGCCAAUUGGCAGCAACGCCAGACCUUCCCUCACGUUCGACGUUUUGGUAUGGAUUCACGUCUGCCUUCGUCGGGGCAAAAUACUGCUGCCCUCCCAAUUCGUUCACCUUUGAGAGAUUCAGCCGACACGGGAUCUAUCCCAGUUGACCCUCACUUGAUUGUGCAACAACAUGAAAGGGUCCCACGUUACCCAUUCAGACAACGUCCACCGUCGCCAAAACCAGAUAACAAUAUCAUGGCCCUCCAUGGCAUCAAGUCACUCUUGGAGCAGAAUCCCGGGGUUGCAGAGCCAGAUGAUUAUCUGGCUAUUGAAAAAUUGAUGAGGAAAAUCAAGUCCAUUCCCCCGCAUGUCGCUGUCUUAUCUAGUCAAACGCAUUCCAUUGACAUUAUGGCCAGUCCUUGCAUUUCCAAGAAGCGCAGUAUCACCGAUAUCUCGACAUAG